CUUCCGUUUUCCAAUGGCUAGUGAGUUGAGAAGAAAUAUGGCAUUCCAGGUUUUGGUGUCUUUUGAGGACGUGGCUGUGGACUUUACCUGGGAGGAGUGGCAGGAUCUGGAUGAUGCUCAGAGGACCCUAUAUAGCGAAGUGAUGCUGGAGACCUACAGCAGCCUGGUUUCCUUGGGGCAAUGCAUGACCAAACCUGAGCUGAUCAUCAAGCUAGAGCAAGGAGCAGAACUUUGGAUGGGAAAAGAACGCCCAAGUCAGAGCCCACCAGAUGUCCAGAAAGUGGAUGUCAUAAUUCAGAGCUGUGAGGAAAGUCAAGACAGCCAUUUGUGGCAAGGUGGAGUCACUAUCAAGAAGAGAGUUAUAUUACAACAUGCCUUUCAUUUGAGUUCCAACCAUAUUUCAAAUUUAAUUGUAAAGAAUACAGUCUCUUCAGGAGUGAAGCCCGAGGAGUUGAAUGUGUGUCAGAACAGUCUUCGCCCUAGUAUGCCUAAUGGAAUGUAUGUGGGUGACAAACCCUAUCAGUGUAAUCAGUAUGGAAAAUCCUUUGUCCAGAAGUCACACCUUACCAAGCAUGAGAGAAUUCAAAGUAGAGAGAAGCUCUAUCAGUGUAAUCAGUGUGGAAAAACCUUUCGCCGGAAGUCAAAUCUCACCAGGCAUGAGAUAAUUCACACUGGGGACAAGCCCUACAAGUGCAGUCAGUGUGGAAAAACCUUUGCCUGGAAGUCAUACCUCACCACACAUCAGAUGAUUCACACUGAGGAGAAACCCUAUAAGUGUAGUCAGUGUCAUAAAACCUUUGCCUCAAAGUCACAACUCAAUAGGCAUAAGAUGGUUCACACGGGAGAAAAGCCCUAUCAGUGUAGUCAGUGUGGAAAAUCCUUUCACCUGAAGUAUAUUCUUGAUGUACAUGAGAAAAUUCACACUGGGGAAAGGCCCUAUCAAUGUAAUGAGUGUGGAAAAACCUUUAGCUGGAAAUCAAACCUUGCCGAGCAUGAGAUAAUUCACACUGGGGAGAAGCCCUAUCAGUGUAAUCAGUGUGGAAAAACCUUUUGGAGGAAGUCAAGACUCAGCAGUCAUGAGAUAAUUCACACUGGGGAAGGGCCGUAUCAAUGUAAUCAUUGUGGAAAAACCUUUAGCCUGAAAUCAAACCUCAUCAAGCAUGAGAUAAUUCACACUGGUGAGAAGCCCUAUCAGUGUAGUCAGUGUGGAAAGUCCUUUCACCUGAAGUCAACCCUUGAUAGACAUGAGAUAAUUCACACUAGGGGAAGGCCCUAUCAAUGUAACCAGUGUAGGAAAACCUUUAGCCUAAAGUCAAAUCUCACAAAGCAUGAGAUAAUUCACACUGGGGAGAAGCCCUAUCAGUGUAAUCAGUGUGGAAAAACCUUUUGGAGGAAGUCAAGACUCAGCAGUCAUGAGAGAAUUCACACUGGGGAGAAACCCUAUCAGUGCAGUCAGUGUAGCAAAACCUUUGCCUGGAAGUCAUAUCUCACUGUGCAUGAGAUAAUUCACACUGGGGAAAAGCCCUAUCAGUGUAAUCAGUGUAGGAAAACCUUUAGCCUGAAAUCAAACCUCACCAAGCAUGAGCUAAUUCACACUGGCGAGAAGCCCUAUCAGUGUAAUCAGUGUGGAAAAACCUUUGGCCGGAAAUUACAUCUGAGCAGGCAUCAGACCACUCACAAAAGAGGAGACUUGAAGGUAGAAGAUCUUUCUCAGAAAUCAAACCUCAGGAAACAUUAGAGAAUUCACACGAAGGGAAUAUCCUGUAUGGCUGAGACUGGCUAUGUGUCCUCCAAGAGCCAUUUACAUUUCUCUGUGAUACGGCAAGCUUUUUCCUGCCUUUUUCUGUGGCCAAGAGUUCACAGCUCUCUGUGGAGAUAAAGGCACAAGAGAUGAAUAUUCCUUCUAGGCCUGAAAUGUAACAGUGACCUUGCAGUCCUCCAGGACUUGGGAUUUGAGCCCUAUGUAUCUUCAAUCACUGUGCUUUCAGACAGAAAUGAAGAGAACCGAGGACUUUCCACCCCUGGCCCAGCACCCUCCAUUUGUUGCAUGUGAGAAAUGAAACCUACUCUGUUGAGCUGUUUUAUGUUUGGUCUGUGCAUUUCAGCACCCACAACCACUGUUGAAUUUGGAAGGUAUUCCUGAGAUAUUUGUCCAGUUCAUGUUUUUCUUAAAAUUCAUACAGAAGAAAACACAAAACUGUGUUGUCAUCUUUCAUUUCCAAGUCAGGUUUUGAGAGAAUGA